UUGUUUUUUUGAAUAUGGAAGCAAAAAAUGGAAAGUCAAAGGAUGAUUCUAUUGAUAAUGGUACUUCGAUUGGUGACCAACUUGACCAAUUCAUUGAUGAACGUAUCGUUCUUAACGUAGGUGGUGUCAAGUAUGAAACUUAUCGUUCUACAUUAACAGCUCAUCCAAAAACUUUCUUGGGUACAAUGUUUCAUCCACGUAAUCAAGCAAUGUUACAUCCGGUGAAUGGAAAUGAAUAUUUUAUUGAUAGAAAUGGCCAUGCAUUUCAUUAUAUUAUGGAAUAUUAUCGUACUGGAAAUAUUGUUUGGCGUCCUUCUCCUGAAUUACCUUUUGAGAAUACUACUCCUAGUUCAAAUUCUUCUACCACUACAAUUUCAUCAAUUAAUUCUGUUAAUAAUAAUGGUACUCAUGCAGAUCAUAAUAAUGUUAUUGUACCUACUGGUGCUUUAGCUGCUUUAUCUGGGGUUAUAAAAACUAAUGGUUCAACUCCUACUCAACCUUCUGCUUCUACUUCUAAUAAUAAUAAUAAUAAUAAUAGUAAUAAUAUUAAUACUAGUAAUCAAGUAUUACGUCGACGUCAUCAAUGUUCUCAUUCUUCAUCACCACCAAUAUAUCCUCCUUAUACUUCUUUACCUGAAUUAGAACAAGAAUUUUCUUAUUUUGGUAUCCCAUUCACUUCCCCUUUACCAAUAGCACAAAAAGCUGGUGGUGCUUUAUUAGAUGAAUUUGCUUAUUCUAUUGAAGAUUUAAUAUGUACCGCAAUUGCAAAAUUAAUUGAUCGUGUUUCUAUUACUUUCUUUCGUGAUGGUUCUCCAAUGGAAUGUUUUUUAAUACAAUCAAUACAAUCUCAAUCAAUAUGUUCUAAUCGUUCAACAAAUAAAUGUUCAACAAUUAAUUGUUCAGGAUGUAAUAGACGUUGUAAUAAUUGUAAUACUGGUGGUGCUAAAUUAAUUGAAUUUAGUUUAAAUGGUUAUUGUAUCGUUAAUCAUUUUUAUGAAGAUAUUAGAAAAUAUUUAGAAAAUGUUUUUCCCAAUAUGGUUUUUAGAUUGGAAUUUGGUAAUAAUUAUAAAUCUAUCACUAUGUCAAUGUCCGGUUUAUUCACUAGAAAUGCUAUUCAAAAAUAUUCAAAAAUUGGUAAAUUAAAUAAUAGUUCUGAAGAAGAUUAAAAAAAAAGAUGAUUCAAAAAAUAUGAAUGAAACUGGAAAAGUUUUAAGUGGAAUGGUUUUAAGCAGAAUAAGUGUGGAAUAGGAAUUGAAAGGUUUUUUAUGUGGAAUAGGUGGAAUAGAAUUGAAAGGUUUUUUUUAGUGGAAUAAGUGGAAUAAAAUUGAAAGGUUUUUUUUAAGUGGAAUAAGUGGAAUAGAAUUGAAAGG